UUAAAACCAAGUGACGUCAAAUUAUGUUUUGUUGAGGUUUGUUUGUGAAAGACAGAACAGUGGAAGCCCACCUCAAAUGAUCCAGCUAGCUAACUAGGUUAUCUACCAUAAAUGGUUAUCAACCCUAAAUGGUUAUUAGUUAUAUAACAUAACAGUGGAUAUUCUAGCAAAUAGCGCGACAAUUGACGUAGAAUUUAAUCCAGGCCACUUGAAAUCAGAAUCCAGCGAAUGGACCGAGAAGGGAACAACAGCUAGCUAGCCACAUAGCUAACGUAACGGUACCGUAUCAGCGUUACGUCAAGACAGUCAAGGAUAAACGAGAAACGUUGGCUGACUGACUAGCAAGAAAAUAAGCUGAGAGAGAAGGUGCAGGGAGAAUGUGAAGCACUAUGGCCAACUUAGAAACCUACCAGGAGUACCAACGGAUUGAGGACUUUGAGGAGGACUCACCUCACGGGGAAGAGGACCUAUUAGUACAUGUGCCAGAGGGCCUGAGAGACUCAUGGCACCAUAUCAAGAAUCUGGACAACUUUUUCACAAGAAUCUAUCAGUUCCAUCAGAAGAAUGGCUUUGCCUGUAUGAUGUUAUCAGAGUUCUUUGAACUUUUUCAGUUCCUGUUUGUGGUCACAUUCACAACAUUCCUGUUCAACUGUGUGGAGUAUGAUAUCCUGUUUGCCAAUCGGGCAGUGAACCAUACAGGACCUGGCCAGAACCCCCUGGACAGAAACAAGGUCACUCUGCCUGAUGCCAUCCUACCAAGCCAGCAGUGCACUGAGAGGAUCCAGGAGAACAGUUGGAUCAUCUUCCUGCUCAUCAUGGCAGCCAUCUUCUGGGUCUACCGGAUGAUCAAGGUCUUCUGCAACGUCCUCCACUACUGGGAGAUCCGACAGUUCUACAUCAAAGCACUGAAGAUCAGAAUGGGCGAGCUGUGUAACUUCACGUGGCAGGAGGUGCAGGACCGUCUGAUCAGCCUGCAGCGGGAGCAGCAGAUGUGCAUCCACAAGAAGGAGCUAACUGAGCUGGACAUCUACCACCGCAUCCUGCGCUUCAAGAACUACAUGGUAGCCAUGGUCAACAAGUCCCUGUUACCUGUACAGUUACAGCUCCCCCUGUUGGGCAAUCUGGUGUUCCUCACCCAGGGCCUCAAGUACAACUUUGAGCUGAUUCUCUUCUGGGGUCCGGGGUCGCUUUUCCAAAACAAAUGGAACCUGCACCCCAAGUACAAACGUGCAGGCAACCGUCUGGAGCUGGCCCAGCAGCUGAGCCGGGUCAUUCUUCUGAUGGGCGUGGCCAACCUGCUCCUCUGCCCCUUCAUCCUGGUGUGGCAGGUGCUCUACGCCUUCUUCAGCUACACCGAGGUCAUCAGGAGGGAGCCGGGGAGUCUGGGAGCACGCCGCUGGUCCCUGUACGGCCGCCUCUACCUGCGCCACUUCAACGAGCUGGACCACGAGCUGCACGGCAGACUGGGUCGCGGCUACAAGCCCACCUCCAAGUACAUGAACUCGUUCACCUCACCGCUGCUGACCGUGCUGGCCAAGAACGUGGCGUUUUUCUCGGGCUCGGUGCUGGCCGUGCUCAUCGCGCUGACCGUGUACGACGAGGAUGUUUUGACCGUGCAGCAUAUCCUGACCGCCAUCACCGUGCUGGGAGUGGUCAUCACCAUCACCAGGUCGUUCAUCCCAGACGAACACAUGGUGUGGUGCCCGGAGCAGCUGCUGCAGUGUGUGCUGGCUCACAUCCACUACAUGCCAGACCACUGGAGGGAUAACGCCAACAAGAGUGAGACCCGGGACGAGGUGGCACAGCUGUUUCAGUACAAAGCGGUGUUCAUCCUGGAGGAGCUGCUGAGCCCCAUCGUCACGCCCUUCAUCCUCAUCUUCCUCCUGAGGAACAAGUCCCUGGAGAUCAUCGACUUCUUCAGGAACUUCACCGUGGAGGUGGUCGGAGUUGGCGACAUCUGCUCCUUCGCACAGAUGGACAUCCGUCGCCACGGAAACCCACUGUGGAUGUCAGAGGGCCAGACAGAGGCAUCUGUGUACCAGCAGGCUGAGAACGGCAAGACUGAGCUGUCCCUGAUGCACUUCACCAUAAAGAACCCCCACUGGCAACCCCCACAGGAGAGCUCAGUGUUCAUCAGCCAUCUAAAGGAGAAGGUGCACCAGGAUGCUCAGGGAGGACCCUCCACCCAGCUGCUGCUCUCUGAGGCCCCGCUCUGCUCCUCACUGCUCUCCAACGAGUCCGGCAACGCACCUGACAACCUAUUGGCCAGUGUCCUGGCCCACCCUAUUCUGACCGCGUCAGGCCUACCCGGCCGAGACCGCCGCUUCGUCCCUCCCAGCACGGCUGCCUCAGCCGCCGCCAGCGUCCUGGCCUCGCUGUCCAUCUCCCACUCCCAGCUCCCCCACGCCAGCCGAUCCCACUCGCAUGUUCUCCUGCCCUCCACCCACCCCGACAGCACCAUGUACUGCAGUGACCGCACUGUCAUUGACAGCAUGUCAGCCAGUGACUCUCGGAUCAGGAGCACAACAAUGCUUUCAGAGUUUGCCUUGGCCGAGAUGAGUCUCCAUGCUAUUUACAUGCAUGAGGUCCACCAACAGAACUCGCUCCCCCACCAGAGGACAUCAGGCCAGUGGCAGAACCCAAUGCCAAUGAGAGAUCUAAUCAGCAACACGGGUUCGCAGACGCACAGCGGCCACACAGCAGUCCACCUGUCUAGCAUGCCCACCCCGCUGCGUCUGGGAGGCUGGACGGAGGAAGAGGAGGAGGAUGCAGAGGAAGAGGAAGUCCUCAACAGGGGAUCGACUCCUAAACAGGACUCCAGGAGUAGUUGUUAAAGUGCCUUAAAUAAAGGGUGUUUCCACUCCUUUCUCGAUGAACAUUGUGGCCUUAGAUGAUCUUGUUGGCGAGUAUUAUGACAUCACGUAACACAACAUGGCAGUUGGGAGAGCUCAUUGGAUAACCAUUGUCUCAGCCUCCAACCCACUACCAUGCCUCUCCUAUCACAUCAGGAGUUGUUGUGGCAUCAGGGAAACUGACCUGUCUUCCAUCCCUCUCACCAUGUCAUCAUUUUGUUAUAAAAUGUAUAAAUGUUGCUCAUAGAGGACUGGAGUCUGUUUGUGUGAGUGUGAAAGAGCAUUGUGUGUGUGUGUGUGUGUGUGUUUAGAACUCGGGGAAAGGGUGGCAUGCACAGCCAGGAGACUUGCAGGGCAGGCUUGAGCAUGGAACAUAGCAACACCUGUCACACUUUUGUUGCGUUUCUUCAUGUGUUUAUUUUUUUUAAAAUGUUUUAUUUGCGCAUCUGGGAGUUUUACAAUGUGGGUCCGGGUUCACUUUCUCAUGGAGGAAAUGAUGUCUGGUGCUGAAGAGAGUACGGAGUGAAGGUCUGUCAUACUAGCUGCCUGACCAUUUUCACUAUAUGAGGAAAGUUGAGGGCAAAAUUAUACAUUGGCGUAUUUGGCCAUUACUUAUUAUUGCUUGACAUUUGUAAAUACACUUUAGCGUCUUAUGUUCUGUCAGUUUUAAUGAUUGGGAAAGAUGCCAAGUAAUGCGGUGACCUGAAGUAGGCUGCAACUAUACUACUUAGGUCACCAAUAGGACCCCACAAGAAAAUCUGACAAAAGCCUACAGAUGGACUAGAUUCAUUAACCACAUUUCUAAACUGGACAUAAUGUCAUUAAAAGCUGCUGUCUAUGACUUUAAUGGGCCUAAUACCAUGUUUUCGUCAGUAUUAAGUUAUUUAUCUUUUUAAAGUCCUUGGUGACCCUAAAACAUUAUUUAACAGGUAAUAACUUGAUUAUUCUGUAUCAAAGGUUCACCAAUCUUCUGUCUCCACUGGCAACAGAGGUGUAUUACUUGAGAAACGCACGAAGAUCAAGAUGACAUAUUUGCCCAGGCAGUAACUACUUUGUUGUGGGUAGCUAUGAGAAUAGGCAGAGAUGCAUAUCAUGUACAGUAAAUCAUUAAGUGUUGUUGAUUUUGCAUGUACUGCUCAACAUGUUGUUCACGGAACACUUCCCCCAAUAUCCACACGAGAAGUCGACUUUUUAGUAUAAGGGCUGUUCUUAACAUUGUCAUUACAGCUGUUGGAGUUUGUGGUUUUACUUUAUUUGUAAGUUAAUCCUAUGUCAGUAUUUUACUUUUCCUCAGAGAACAGCCUAAGAUGUCAUUUUAAAUAAGAUAAUUCUCCCUUUGUCGUCCCGAAUAUUUAAACUGUCCAGAUUUCUGAGAUAUGCCCUAUAAUUAAUUAUUUAAUUAAUUACAAUAUGAGUAAAAUAGUAAUUAUGUUAAGAAGCAGCUUUUCUGUGUUGGAGUGGUAUGGGUGUACCCCAACAACAGAAUGUUUUGGGUGUAUACCGGUCAUGCAAAUAGACAGCUGAUUGGCCAGCUCAGCCAAUGAGCCAACAUAAUAUCGUAUUAUAUGACAAAAUUGCAAACAUUUUUUAAUGGUCUGUUUGAGAUGUGGGUUUUUUGAAGUCCUUUUUUCACUCUUCAAUUUAUAUUUUGUCCACAAAUACAAGUAUAGUACGAGUCAACAACAUUAUUUGAGUAUGAGUAUGAGUCAACUUUUAAAAAGUGAGAUUUUCACUGGACAGUUACUUUAAGUUAUGAAUAUCUUUAGUAUUUCAUAUUUAAUUUAGCAUUUAUUGGUUUCCUUAAGAAUUAAUCUUUAUAGUAAAUACAUUCAUACCAAAUAUGAUUGGGAUCUAAUUUUAAUAAUAUAUAUUUUUUUAAUUCUUAAAUUUGCCCCAUGUAAAACGCAUGUAUUUUCCUGGAUGUAAUUCUCAUGCAACAUUGAACAACACUGAUUUUCUGAUUUUUUUGUUGUUGUUGUUUUUGUCUUUGACACAUUUGUGGAUAUGCAGCCUCGAAAUUAAACAAUCCUUCAUGUGUGCUUUAGCACCACUUAGUGGUUUCAUCAGUACAGUACAACUCAAAGGAAAGCAAACAUGUUUGUGUGUAAAUGCUGAAUGUAACCCACCCAUCACCCCUAGAAAUGUAUCCUUGUUACUGUAGCCAGAACUGCUUAUUGAAACAUUACACAAAAGCUCUGUCGCUGCUAUCCAUGCCCGGCUGAUCCACUAACCUAGAGCACAUCUAUAUGUAUAUCUCUGUAUCCACCACUACUGUAAGACUUUAGAGAGCACGGGUGUUUGACGACUCUUUUCUUCAUUUUGUUUUCUAUAUGUGUGUUUCGAAGGGGUGUGCGUGUAGUCAUCAGUCUAACUAUGCUAAGCUAACAUUGACUCAAACGUUUUGCACUGACUGAAAAUAAAAUGUCUAUUGAUCGAUACCUGCAUUACACUACAUUUUAGAUGGGUCCUGUGGAGCCGGGGUCUCAAAGGGAUAGUGAGUGGAACUCCCAUCCUCAGUGGCCUCUCUCGCAGUAUGUAUAAUGUGCAUAUAGCAUCACCAUGCGUAGUAUUGUUAUCGUCCACACUGUGGGCCUAUCGCGUACCUGGUUGUUGUUACCUCUGGUCAGUAAAAGUUCAGCCAGUAGGGGAAAUGUCUAAAUGUUUUCAGUAACAUUUUAGGCUUAGUCAGUUGCUACAAUUGGUAUGGCUGUUGGUGUUCCAUUUGUCAUUACUGAUGUAUUGCGUUUUAGUUGUGGAGACAUGAUAAGACAUGUGUCUUGCCAGUUUCCAUAGCUAGAUUUCACUGCCUCACUUCUCUUUGCUUAUUAUGUAGCUUUAUUUUGAGCAGUGCCUUAGGGUUGGCGUUAGUUCCUUAUUAGAAACCAUUGUAUGUAAACCAUCAGAUCUAAUUUGACUUUGUAUUUUAGCAGCACGUGAUGUACAGUAUUUAUUUUGGCAGGUUGGUCAUGUUUUGGCAUCGAAUAUACAGUGGGAAUUGUAUUCUAAUAUUGUGGAUGAGGCUUGUGUAACAUGAACUACACCAGACUGCUAUUUGACAUCAAAGUAGUCAAAUCACCUUCACUUGAUAAGAGAAUGAAUCUGAUCAACGUUUUUGUUUUUGCACUGUCUGCCUUCCCGAUCCAAAAGAAGCUGUUGAUGAGGGGAGUGUUUUAUACCCUUUUCAAUGAAGUUGAAUGAUUUGUUUUAUCACAUCCUUGAGUCUCCCCACUCAAUAUCAUUGCUUCUUAUCCACUACAAACCAGUAAAAAAUAUAUAUAUAUAUAUAUAUAUAUAUAUUUUGACUGGUACAAGGUGCUACGUUUUCGUAUUCUAGUGUUGAAUAGUUUGAGGCAUCUUGUUUUCUUUGUUACUUAGGUUUUUUGUUUGUUUUGUUUAAAUUAAGGAACACUAGCUGAGAAGAAACCAUGCCAAAAUGACCUGUUUUCAACACAGCUUUAUCAUACAUAUUUUGUUUGUUUUCUGUAACUGAAUAGAGGCGAAGGAAUUCUUAUUUCGUGUGUAUUUAAUCAUUGAAGUGUGUUCCAAGAUGUAAUGUACUUUGAAAUAAAAAAAAUGUAAUAUA